CGUCUCUCUGUCUCGCUUCCUCAGCUCCACACAGCGAUGCCUCCCACCACCAACACCAGCUGCUACAUACUUUUUACUUAAGGGGUAAACACAUACAUUGUUUUUUUAGUCGUUGUGAACCAGAGAGAGUUUGCGAAAGAGCUGAACAUAGAGUGGAGAUGUUUGUUUAAAGUGUGUAGGAGGAGGAUCUGCUAUCAUUGACGGAGUUUGACAGAUAACCCUCCCCGGCUGCAGCUCGGUCGGACCGCUGUGUUGUUUUGUUUUUUGCUCAGUGUCGAAAGACCUCACACUAAAUACCGAGGUUGACACACAAACACAGAGCGUGCUGCAGCCAUGGAAGCAAACAAACAAACCGGAUCCACUGAGAAAGAUUUCGUCCGACCUAAAACCCCGCCCAUGUCUCGUAGGAGUUCUCGCCUGGUGUCCGGUGGCUACUACAACUCAGAUGAAGAAUCGGACUCCAGUAGCGUGACGAACAUAUCGUACCGGGAAAACCCCGUCAAAGUUUUCAAGAAGAAGGCAGGAACCCGAAAGUCAGGCUCCCGUACCUCCAGUAGAGCCAACAGCAAUGAUAGUUCACCCAGCAUCGAGUCGCCUGUCACUGCAGGUCCGGGUCUUUCUCCCUUGGCCAGCCAGACGCAGUCAACCCCGAGGACCGUAUCCUACGUCUCUCCAGUGGUCACCCCUCGCCCCGCCGUGACUCCAUCAUCAUCAUCCCGGAGUCAGACACCCACUCACUGCCCGUCGGUACCUCCAGAGAAGAGCUACUACGCUGGGCUCUGCAGCUCCAGCAGGCCCGGAUUACACCUCAGACCCAACCACAAGGAGCUGAAUCAGAACAGCAUAGACAGUUCGGGGUACUCGUCAUCUGAGGGCAAUUACAAGAAUCCCACCACCCCCACCAGUACUGCCAGUAAGAUCAGCAGUAACAGUGCGGCUCCCAGUAAUGGAUACAAAACCAGAAUCAGAAGUGCCUUCUUUAAUCUGACGGACUCAACCUCACUGAUGGUCGCUGCAGCACAGUCAAAAAUAACAAAUCUGACAGCUUCAGCUAGUAAUCCGUCGUUCAGAAAGCACGUGAAGAAGGCUUGUGGCCUUUUACUCCUCCUCCUCCUCAUAAUUCUCUGUGUUUGGUUCCUCCUUCCAUUGUUGACCUCUUUCAUCUCCCGCAUGGCUGUCACAAAGAGCCAAUCACAGACAAAACCUGUUGCCCCUGCCACUAUCCCUCCUCCUCGACCCAACAUCGUACCUCCUACACCUGCGGUGGAUCCAGCUGUUGUGUCCGCUGCUGUGGAAGCGAAGAUGCAGGGUAUUCUGGAGGAGCUGCAGCUGAAGCAGGAACACCUUCUCUCCCAGAUGAAGCAGGGCAUAGAGGUGGACAUGCAGGGUAUGAAAGCCAAGCUCGAGGCCGUGGGUUCGGACAGUCGGCUGCAUCUGAACGAGGAGGUUGCUGGGCUACAGAGGCAGAUAGCUGCUUUCCAGACAGAAAGCCAUUCCUCUGCCAGCAGUCUUAGGCUCAAGAUCCAAGCUUUAGAGGCCCAAAAUGCCAAGCUGUCUCAGGAGUUAACGUCCAUCCAGCUGGUGCCUCCUCCUGCCCCCUGUCCUGAACCCAGCACAGCCCCCGUCUUCACCCCAGAGCUCCAACAGGCCAUGGAGAAGUGGCUCACAGACUAUAUCAGGGAACAAGAUGCAAUCAGGCUCGAUGCAGGUGGCUGCACAGACUGUGGACGCCCCAUGGCCGACAAAAUGCCCGACUUCGCCCUGGAGACUCAAGGUGCCAGUGUGAUCAGCACCAGGUGUUCUGAGACUUAUCGUAUUCGUUCAGCGUGUGUGACCCUGUUUGGAUUCCCUCUGUGGUAUCCGUCUGAAAGCCCACGCACUGUCAUUCAGGGUUACCCGGUGCUGCUUCCAGGGAAAUGUUGGGCGUUUCAUGGGGUCCAGGGGACUCUUGUCAUCUCCCUGUCUCACCCCAUCAGGAUAACUCAUGUGACUCUGGAUCACCUGCCGCGCUAUAACUCCCCAACCGGCCGCAUCGACUCUGCACCCAAAGACUUUGAGGUCUAUGGGAUGAAACAAGAAGACGAAGAAGAAGGAGCACUGUUGGGGACGUUCACUUACGAUGAGCAUGGAGAGUCAACGCAGAUGUUUAAGCUUCUUAACCCCAGUGACGAGGUGUAUCGAUUUGUGGAGAUGCGCGUCCUCUCUAAUUGGGGUCACGUCGAAUAUACGUGUGUUUACCGCUUCCGUGUGCAUGGAGCGAUCGGCUCCACAUGAGACUCACCGACAGCGACGUGACAGCUCAUUCCCACAUAUCAUAAAGUGCAUUUGCAAUGUGUAUAUAUGUAUUUUUUUAAGUAAAAUGCAGUUUCAUAGUCUUGAGGUGAGUUCAGGGUUGAAAUGCUACUGAAAAGAAAAUGACAAAGACAAAUGUCACGACUGUGUGUCAGCUUUUUAUGGAAUCAAUUCCAUGGUUUUGCUGUGUUUUCAAUUGCUUGUUGUUGAAGUGACAAAACUAAUGAGUGGUAUUUGUGCACAAUUUAAAGUGCACACAGAAUGAAGUGUUGAAUUUGUUUCGAAAAACCAAAAAACUACCUAGUAAAACCAUUUGAGAGCGUAAAGUUCUGGAAACUAUACGCUCUCAUAAACGUGCCACAAAAUAGUGUUGUAACUUUUGUUCAUUAUUAUUGCUAUUUAUUAGGUGUUUCCUGCUUCAUGUUUUCACAGCGUACAAUCCCAGUAUAAGAACAUUUCGUUACAUUUUGCCUCUGGGCAGUUGCAGUGGAGGAGUUAGACGUUAGGUACCUUACUCGAGGGUAUUUUAUUAAAUUUUUUGACCACUUUUUGAGUGGUAACAAUUGCUUACAAACUUGUAUGUGUAACCGAAAUCUAGAGGUUAUAAAGUGUCAUUAAUGAAAUUCAAAAGCUUAUGUCUGCUAUGACAUGCUAACAUCCAUUUUUGGUGAAAGUCAAAGCUCCAGCAACACUUUUAAUAUAGAAGAAUUAACCUAAUUAUUAGAACAACAUGUUUCAACUUUCAAAACGUGUCAGUCUAUUAAUAAAGUUCCCGUCUCCAUGCACCUUUGGAAGUAGGUGAAGUUGUGCCAGAAACCUUCAAUCUGUUUCUACAAGAUCUAUUUUUGGGCGAUAAAAUCCCAACAUUCCAGUAUUUCAUCUUUACAAAAUAAAGACUUUGUUUGUCCAGUCAGGACAGGACACGGACAGGAUGCACAAAUCCUGUAAACAAUGGUAGAAAUUAUUCAGAGGGCAGCAGUGAAUGUUUUUGAUUUGAUAUUCUUUACAAAAAGAAAAAAUAUAUGCAGCUUUCUAUUAUGUAUUAUGUUUCUUCUUUUAGAGAGUCGUCAGUUUUGAGUUUAUGAGUUUAUGACCGCUACUUGAAUACUUGAAACCUUUUUUUUUUGAAAGCGUCGUGUUGAUUUCAUGACGUUUGUGUUUCUACUUCUUUGUACAUUACACUUCAAUUUUUUUACGAAUUACAAAGUCAGGAAAGAAAAUAUGUUAUUUAUUUGGUAAAAAUGAAAAUAUUAAUGUAGUGAUUUAAUGUGUUAUGUGUCAAUGUUGUAGGAUUGUUUUGUUCAUAUUUUUUUGAUUACUUUUCCAAAAUUGUUAGACACAUGCAAAAUUAUUCAAAGUUUACCAUUUACUCUCUCUAAAAUGUUGAUUACCUCUUCUAUUUGAGUGUCACUACAGGACUAAAGUAACUAAAUAUCCUCGGAAAAUUGUUGUUUUCAAAGGUUCCCUAAAAAAUAAUUCCUGUCUUUUAGUUUUAAGAGGAGACCAGAACUCAGCCACUCUGAAAGCGUCAAAAAUGUACUUUUUAUUCUUUGUUCAAAACAUUUUGUUCUCGUUAUUAUAAAGUGCACUAAAGGCAAAUGCAGGUAAAAUCAAUCUUUUGUUGCUGAUUUCCUUUAUUAAAUAAACUAUAUUCUAGUCUUACAGAAGAGGCAAAUGAGAUAAAGAAGGAUUUAUUUGUUCUAGAUCAUGAACAAAAGGUCAACUGCAGCCCAGAAUCAGUAAUUAUAUUUGUGUUUGGUUUGUGAAAAAUGAAAGUGGCUGUUUGAGUCUCUGCCACUUUCAUUCUUUUGGGUGAUCACAGUAUCAUUUACAUGCAUUUUUUAAAUGAGUGUUGCCAAAUUAAAGUUAAUUUUGGGAAAAUGUUGUAUUUAUUUUCUGUUGUAUAAAACAUUAGUGAGAAUGAAAUCCUUCAUUUUACUUUUUUUUUCCAAAAGUGCAAGUAAAAUAUUUUGUCUAAUUUGUGCAGGUUGCAUGAAUUCAUUAUUAGUGCAUUUCAUUUUUUUUUAAAUUUAAGCUGAUAAUUGUAGUUAAUACAAUGAUGCUGGUACAGUUCUACCAUUUUUAAUUUAUAAUAGUAUUCAUUAAACAUUGUUGUUAUGUAUUACCAUUUAUUUUGAUUUGCAGCUUUUACAAAUCUGUACGACUUCCUCUUGACGGAAGAAUUUUUAUAAAUGCAUUGAAUAAAAACUGGCUUUUGAGAUGAGAUUGUGUAUUAUUAUAUGCAGUACAGUGUAUCUCCAUCUUAUCCACUUAUAUUAACUAAAACAGGUGAAACAUUGUCAAACAGCCUGUAUCACUCUUCUGCCUGUAAGUGAACUUAAUAAAUGUAGAGGGUAAAUGCUGUUGGGGCAAUCACAUGUCAGAUUGCCCAAGACGUUCUCAAGAGUAUUUGACUGUCAAUGUCUGAUUAAAUAAAGAACAAAUUGUGA